GUUCUAUUUUUAGAUAUAGAAAAUCCUCAAGCCUGAUCUCAUACCAUGACAAUUUUCGGUUUUGCGCAAUUUUCUGAAUUCUAGAAAAUUUUGAGGAUAUAAGGGUAUUGCAUAAUGGCAGGAGCCCGAGAGCCUGGUGACGACUCGGGAGACGAAGAAUAUGAUUGGAUGAAAACCGGUGACAGUGACGUCACUAUAUUUUUCAACCCGGACGACGAAUAUAGAAUUGCCAAAACUAUUUUAGCCGAUUUAGAUCGAGAAAAAAUUAUCUACAUACGGCCAGGCUUUUCUAUCCCACUGGGAGCUCAAAAAUACAAAAACAUUGCAAAAGCUAUUAAGAAGAGUAGAAAAACCCUUCUGAUCUUAUCAGAAAGUGCUAAACAAGUUGACUUUUCCUUGGAGACCUAUCUUGCGUUAGAAGAAUGUCUGCAGAACGGUCGUCUUUCACUGAUGGUGCUGUUGAUCGACGGGAUGACCGUUGAAGAUUUACCAGAAAUCCCCUUUCUUCAACAAGCAUCUCAUAUGGUUCUAGUUGACAAUUAUCACGAGCGCUGUAUGGAGACAAUAUGUCGGACACUGAAAAGAGAUGUACAGCUAAAUCAGCUUCUACCGGCGGGGAACUUUGCAGUGGGAAUGGCCUGGUCACAUUUUGCUGGAUAUUUAAAACAGAUAUUACCAGAACUUGCGCAAAGCAUAAAGAAGUCCGAUACUUUUCAAAACAACUUGGGUAGAAUGUCGACUGUGUUUUUUAUGCUGUGUCCAACGAGUGCAACAGGGCCACGAAACAUUGCAGACAUAGAUCCAAACAUAACGAAAGAAGGGGCAAUUGAGUUGGUCAUAAACAAGAGACCAUAUAAUCCAACAAUCUAUAAAGUGAAAGGGAGAAAUAAAGAGGGCAGAGAUGAGGAGUACUUUUGCUGUGCUGAGUACCCUAGUGCACUUUGCGCUCUUGGGUUGAUUGCAGAUGAAGCACUCAAUCUUCUCACACCCCAACAACGCAGGACGGAAGUAGAAAGGUUCAAGUAUAAACUAGAGGAGAUACUGAACCACUCAAGAAAUGCGGAAUGCUACGGAAGAGCGAAAGUCCUUAUGUUUGACGAUGAAGGCAAAGGGCAGGAAAAUACUCCAUCCCAUGUUCUCUUCAAUGGAGUCAGAAAUGCAAUAGAAGAAACUAUGUUAAAGCCACUGAGCGAGAGACCACCGAGUCGCUUUGAUCAAGUACAGUCGUCCUGUCCUAUUGAUGUAUGCUUUCUGUACAGUGACACAGAAAACCGCGGCUCUAUCUCUGUCCGCAGUAGCCCGGAUGAUAGAACUGUAAACCAAAUUAGAACUUACCUUGAAGACAGAAAAGUACGUUGUUCCAUCGCAAGACCACCAAACGAUGCUAUGGGGGUGAUAGAAGAUCGAGUCAAAGAAGCCAAGUGGGUGUGUUGUUUGAUAUCCAAGGACACUAUCAGGAAGAGGGGGUACAUCGAGUUUUGGUUGGCAGCAUUACUGAGCAAAUGUAUCGAGGAAAAUCAUUUGAAAAUAGUAAUAUUACUGAAAAACGUUGAUAGUUCAUAUAUACCAAACUUCAUUCGGUGGGUGACAUAUAUAGACAUUUUUAACGAGCCCUCAUAUGAAGAAAGGAUAUUUGAGAUCAUAAAAGGCGAUGUGGUGUCCCUGAGAUCUCAGGUGCCCGCCGGUAACGUUGCCUUUGGUUUGGCGUGGGCGUUUCAUGUGAAUUACCUUAGACAUGUACUGCCAGAUUUCAACGAACGGUUGGAGCUUAGAAUGGAAGAAGAUGAUAUUAGAAAAUCAACAGCAAUUAAGAAAAAAUAUCGACUUUCCAAAAUUCUUUUAGAGUUUGUUCCAAAAUCUUGUGAAUUUAAACCUUUACUGACUAUGGCUGACGACAGAAUACAAGGACCAUUUGAAGUGAAACCUAUUGCUAAGGACAUAGCCGGAACAAGACGAGUGUUUCCGUGCAAACUUUAUAGAAUAGAGGGAGAAAACUGUGAUUACUACUUCGCAGGAGAGAUGUUAACACCAAUUAAAGCUCUGGCUGAGAUGCAGAAAUCAAUGAUAGCGGGACUCUCUAAAAAUCAAAUGUACGAACAAUGUGAUGCAUUGGUAGAACAGCUUACGGCCAUCUUGAAUUCGCCGGCAACACGUGAUGAUAUGCAGAAAAAAUGUAAAUGCAUUAAAUACAACGAUUCUGAGCGGAAGUUAGCUGACGUCAUUAUGGACGAAAUAGACAACCAACAAAGCCGCGAUUAUCUAGAAAAGUACGGUGAAUGGUUAAGGAAACAAGGAGAUUAGCAGUGGCAUAUUUAGAAACAUAAAACAUGUAUAUAGAGAAAAGAAAGCAAUUAUUUGUUGUUAUCUAUUUAUUUUAUUAUGUAUAAAAAUAAAUAAAUGUACAAUAACACAUAUAUGUAACCUGAAAAACCUCAAACCCAUGCCAUGAGCCCCAGACGCCCAGCCUCCACUCAAUACACUGGAGCUUCCAGACGCCCAG